AUGCUUUUUCACCUAUGGCACGUUGACUCACCCGGAGCCAAAGCAGCUGCCCUCAAAAGGAAAGCCAUGGGCCAAUCUCCUGGCUCAAGAUUUUAUUCACAAGGUUUGCAACUAAUCUACCAAAUCAUUGAAGCCCACAUUGACAGCCUCCAGGUUGAUCUUAUACUUCCGCAAGAGGCAGCAGAUAAGCUGAGGAUCAAGCUUGCACAAGAGACCUACUCGCCUACGUAUUAUCGCGUGAUCAUGAAGCUCGCUGAUAUACUCGAUGGUGACUUCUUCACACAAAACAUCAAAUUAGGGAGCAUCAUGAUGCUUUCCAAUGGGAACACGAGCCAGGAGAAUGUCUUCUCUCUCAGGGAUGGUAUACUCACAAUGUUUCUCGACAAGGAGGCAUACGAGAGAGCAGGCCUCGUAGGCCAGCCUCAUGGUGUCAAGGGCAAGCGUGGCCUCAAACCCAGGUGGGUUGUUCAAUAUGACUUAAGAGCACCUGCAAGUUUCCCAGGAAAGAAAGGAUACGAUCGAUUGCUGUACGCUUGCAGAAAUGUAUUCGAUCAACCAAUUACCUGGCUGUUUCAUCGCCAAUCGAGCACUCCCGACCCUGAUCCCUUACUCAAUUUCUUUCCAACCAAGUAUAGCUCUGCACCUUUCAUGGAAGAGGACUUGGAUGUUCAGACACCUACUCUAAAGAUCCCAGGCCAUGCUCUUACAGAUGACGGCCGAUUGGAGCUCGAGGACUUUGCAACAGAGAUCUACGAAUGGCUGUCGCUCCUGAGACUGAAAAGCCCAAGAGUGGAAAGUGGCGACAAUAUUGACCCGUUCUUAUCACGGUAUUCGGUUCCAGCACAUGGUCAGGUAGAUUCAUCGAGGCUGUGCAAGAUCAGCUGGCAAGGGUUCAUUGCUCCCGGCUGGGCAAGACAGGUACUGGUGGACGUCAUCCUCUCAGUCUCUUCCCGUUCGUGGUUCUCGCUACAUGCCGCGUCCUUUGGAAAGGGCGUGAAAGGCGAAAGCUCCGAAUGUACAAUCCUCCGGCUACCCGGUGCUCCGGGUGAAUACCUCCUCUGGGAUAUUCAUGGCCACGAGUGA